CACCAAUUUCACGAGCGGACAGUUCUCAUUUUUCAAAGAACGAGCUGGGAUAGCAUGACCACAGUUGCCAAGCAAGCGCUUGGGAAACAUCCUGGUUGCUAGGAGAUUGCAAACGUAGCUAACCAUGCCUCUUACGGACACGAUGUUUUGCGUCCAGCAAAUCAACAUUCCACCUGAGCUUCCUGACAUAUUAAAACAAUUCACCAAAGCUGCCAUCAGAACACAGCCUCACGACGUCCUGCAAUGGUCGGCUGCGUAUUUUAUUGCUUUAUCAAAAGGAGAAACCCUUCCUGUUAAAGAGAGGCUUGAGAUGCCUGUAGCAACCCAAAAGACAGACACUGGGCUCACUCCAGGGCUUCUGAAGACCCUACAUAAACAGCUUGCGCCAAAAGAGACUGUUACUAAAGAGGAGUUGCUUGAGAAGUGGAAAGGUCUUUGCCUACCAAAGGAACAACUGGAAAGCAUUCUGGCACUUGGAAGUUUUUCAGGCACUGUUGACUGGAUGAUGUUCUUUGCUCUUGGUUGCAGUGCCCUUGGUGGGACUAUUCUCAGUGCUAUGAAGCAGGCCUGUGAGAUCCUCACUCAGGACCCAGAGGGCGGUGCAGCUCGAAUUCCCUAUGACACCUUUGUCAGUCUCUAUAAGUAUCUUGCACAUCUGGAUGGAGAGAUUUCCCCGGAUGAGAUUGAGGGUUUCCUGGCCAGCCUGCAGGAGGAUGUGGAACGCCAGGGAAAUAUGGUGCAGCCCUCAAACUUUGCUGGUCCCAAACGUGUUGAAAUUUUUGAGUGAAGCCCUUGGCAGCUGGGAACAUGAGGAGAAGAGUACUUGUGACCUGAGGCUCACUAAGGAGACACUGGUGAGGUACAGGUAUUGUGCCUUGUACCGUAAAUAUUCCUCUCUGUUAAAGGGUAACAGAAUAAAGGCUGUAUGAAGCUGUAAGCCUACCAAACAAGCACAUGAUAACAAACACAAUGGCAGGGAAUGUAUGGACUUUCGUUUGUAGUUUUGAACAAAUGAAAUCUGCAAAAAGAAUUAGCACAUCUGUUAAAUCUACAACUUCAUCCUGUAUAUUUCUGCAUGCUGUGGCUGUUUUGAAUGUAUUUGUUUUAAAAAUGAGCUUGACUGUAAUUUCUUGAGUCUUUGUCUAGAAACUAGAAUCUUCCAGGUUUAUCACCCAAAAGAACAAAACCAAAUUAAUUUGUGUUGAUGUCACUGAUGAUUAGUUUUCAAUAUGAUUUAAGAAUGUAAUUUUGAAGCUAACAAGCAGUACACUAGCCAGUAAGAAUAAUGUGUUAAACAGAUUUCUGUAGGCUAUCAUGCUAUAUCAUGCUUAGCUUUAAGGAUUGUCUGCAUUUGGAUUAUCGAGUUUUAUGUGUAUAUUGGAAAAAAACAAAAAACAAAAAACUAUGCACCGUUGAAGUGAUAGAGACUGACUUUUUUUAAAUGAAAAUUUCAGAAAAUAAAAUAUUAUUCUUGCACUAUGGAUGUAUGCUGCCCAAAGUGUAGCUACAUGUGGUUACAUAAACCUCCAACUAUAUUGGAUGGAGGAAAAAAAAUAAAAAAUAAAAUGUGUUACACUUAGUCUCAGAUACAUGAAUAUACUAGUAAUACAUAUUCUCUGUGUAAAAUUUGAUUGUAUAAAUUUGAUAGAUUCGUAUUUAUGAGAUUACAGAAUAUAAACCCUCUCGCACAAUAUCUUGGAUUUUUACACCAUCAUGUUUCAUUUGUCUGAAUGCGAUGGUGUGUGCGCUGCUUAUUGUAAAUGAUCAGAGUUCAUUAUGUGCAAAACAGUUUUUGAGUAAAAACCUAUUGAAUUAU